GCCGGCAAAGUAUCUACAAAUUAUCCAAAUUGAAAAAAGAAAUACCAAAAUAUCUUAGUAGCUCAUUUAAAAUUAAAAUCACCAAUAAUGAGUAUGCAGGUCCCUGGUUUUUUGUGCGUUUCGUUACUUUUUUCAUUGCGUAGUGAGUAAUAUUAUUAUCGCGGACUCUAAAACAUUCUGUGAAGUUCAUCAGUCACGACUGAACCCUUGUAAGACCCUCAUAGUUAAAGCGGUAUUCAUUUCUGUAAGUUUUUUUUGGUGCGAUCCAUUAAAGUUCUGUGUGUGUAUUCCAAAUAAAUCAAAUUUUUUAAGGUUUUAAGGCGCAGGUACAGUCGAUCGGGAAGCCUUUUGAGAAUUAGCGUAUCUGUAGGAUUCUGUACAAUAGAAUUUUACCCUCGCAGACGCUUAUAAGUGUGUCGGCAAAAUAAAGAAAAUUUUUGAAAAUGCGGCCAAUUUUGAGAUUGUUUGCCGCUGUAACUUUGCUGUUGACGAUUAAAACAACAAGAGCCGAGAUAAAUAAUUGCGACUUUUACGACACUGUGGAUAUUUCAAGUGGUCAAAAGUAUCCGAACGGUUCGUACUUAUAUGACAACUUACUGAUUCCCGCCAAUUUGGUGGGUGAAUAUGACUUCGAGAUUUUGCCCGAUGGAACAAAAAAAUACGGUUCGAGGCACAUGAGAGGAUGUGCCUGCAAACUAAGGCCCUGCAUUAGAUUUUGCUGCCCUCACAACCACAAAAUGAAGAGCAGCAAAUGCGUUGGUGAAAUGUCAACAGACGAACUGGAGAGCCACAAUCGCUACGUGAACGUGACCCUCAACAACGGAACGGUGGCCAAAAGACACUUUAAAGAGGAUCUAGUCGUCCAGUCGGAUCUGCCCUUGCCCUGUGGUGACGAAAGUAUGCAUCACGCAGAUCACACAAAGCCUGACCACGGCUUCACACUGUUCGAGAACGGAACAUUUUUUCGGGCUUAUGACAAGACGUACUUGAAUAAGACGCAAUACUGCGUGCAACACAUUGAAUUUGAAGGUGAUAGUAUUCGCAUUGCUCCCCACUUUUGCCAUCUUGAUACUGAACCCUCCAAAACCGGGCAGACCGUCGUGAUGAUAAUAUCAUUGAUAUGUAUGGUUCUUACGAUCAGCGUGUACCUCUACAUGAAGAAGCUACGGAACUUGCACGGAAAGUGCUUUAUGUGCUACAUGGUCGCCCUGUUCAUGGUUUACCUACUCCUGCUCCUCAACUUGUGGCACGUGUUUAAACUACCCUCGACCAUAUGCACCACAUCAGCAUUUCUGGGCUACUUUUUCGUCAUGGCUACGUUCCUUUGGCUUUCUGUCAUCAGUUUUCAUCUCUGGAUAACGCUUGCCAGCCCCCCCUGGAUGGAGCGUUUCGUGCCGGAGCACCGUUUUCUGGCCUACAACAGAUACGCAUGGGGCUUGGCUCUAGCUCUGACCGGUGCCACCUUCCUGGCUGAUAAUGUCAUAGAGAACAAGGAUUGGGCUCCUCGCAUCGCCACCACACAAUGUUGGAUCUAUACUGCAGACAAUGUUGCCUUACUCUACUUCUACGGACCAAUGGUGUUGCUGAUUGUGUUCAACACAGCCAUGUUCAUCCUGACGGCUCUAAGUAUAAUGGGAGUAAAGAAGAAUGUCAGGAAGAAUAAGGUCAACUCGGACAAACAGAUUUACACUCUUUAUCUGCGGCUUUUCAUUCUCAUGGGUUUGACGUGGAUCUUCGAGAUAAUCAGCUAUUCUGUGCGAAAAAAUACGGUUUGGGCUAAAAGGUUUCAGGUGGCUGACUAUUUAAACUGGUCCCAGGGUAUCAUUAUAUUUGUGCUGUUCAUUUUGAAGCCUAGCACUCUAAAACUCUUAAAGAACAUAAUUUAUCCAAACAACACGAUCAAUGCGCACAAUACGAGAUCGAAUGAAUGUCGAAGUGCGACUUCCGGAAGUGAGGAUCAGAACGGAGCUUAGAUCAAUUUGAGGCUGUAAACAAGGAAUCUCGCCACUCUUUAACUGGACGAAUCUCUUAUGUUUCGAGCGAUGAAUCAGUAUUUCACUCUGCUUAAUCAGUUGUUUGUCAACUUUUUAAAAUGGGAAAAUCAGAGUGACAACACUUUAUUUGUAAUCAAAACGACAAGUUGUAUGACACAACACCAUAAAAAUAAAAAGAGCCUAGCCAGUAACAUUUUUAAUUUGAAAAUACCUUCUAUU